CCCGUAUUUCAUUCUGUUUUGAUUUGCAAACCAAAUUUGCGGAAUAUCUGUGAUAUUUGUAUACUUCAUACUUGUAUCAAAUCAAAGCUCAAAUGUCUAAUUUGGAAUUAGAUGACGAAUCUAUCACGAAUAUAGAUGCCAACACGACAAUUCAGGAGCAAAUUCAGGAACUUACAAGACGUUUGCAAAAUGUCAAUGACGAUCUACAUCACCAAGUACGCGAAAAACAUGAUGCUUUACUUCAGCAGGCAACACAUGCUGGGCGGUUCGAUGUUGCCCUCAAUACUUUAGCUAACGAUGUGGAACAAAUUCGAGGAACUGGACAAAAGUUGAAAUCUCAAAUUGAUACCCAAUACCAACAGGUCGAUAACCAAACGCGUAUUUUGGGACGAUUGCAUGAGUUGUCGCACCUUCUGCGGUCGGCCGGCACAUUACUUACACUGACAGCAAAACUACGUUCUACGAAGGAUGUGCUCAAACAAGCAGAGCUUCAUUAUGAACUUGGACAAUUGGUUGAUGACGAAGAUUUGAAAAAAAUUGAUUUCGUUCAAAAUGCUCGAGCCGAAGUUAUAAGCUCUCGACAAAAGUUAAGAAACCUGACACAAAUGCAACUUGUAACAGGUCUGCAGGAAAGGAAUGAAGCUUUAGUAAUUAAUGCUCUAAAGAUAGUUAAAAACUUCAAUUUACUGCAAAAGUCGUUAGAUAACUUGGUAGCAACGUACAUCUCCGACUUAGAACAAUCACUUAGAGAAUGUUUUGCUGGGACGGAUAUUACCGUUUUGACCAAAAGUGGUAACACCGUUUCCCCCAAACCUAGUGGCACAGUUCGUGGUCCUGGAAAAACACCUAUGCUGACCACGACUCAAAAUUUCAGAGCCAAAUUUUGGAAAUCACUACACUGGCUAUUAUAUGAAGAGCUUUAUGAAAGUUGUGAACAAGUAAAUUUGUUAAAACGCGCUUUGGAUCAAAUAAGACAAUUUGGCUUCGAUUCAACAGAAAUAUAUGAUGUCCAUAACCAUUUUUGGUUUGCAGUGCAAGAGCUACUACGCAAAACGUUUACUGAGAGUCCAGCUCAUGUAACGCAAACAUUGCAAGAAGGCUUAGCAAAAUUGUUGACCUCAGCCCGUGGCUUCGAGCAGCGUUUGAACGGUGAAUUUCUGUUCGAUAAUGACAUGUUCUCUUCAUUGGAAGUGGGCUAUAUAAGCAAGUGUGCCGCAAAUAUGAAAGCUUGUCUCGCUGGUGUCGACUUACCAUCAAAUGAAACAGUUGAUGCAUUUAUACGAGUUGCUUCUACAGAAUUAAGUGCUGCUCUAAUAGACGCGCGCUUAACAAAUUCCGUUGGAGCGGUUUUUAUAGCUUGUGGCAAAGAUUUAUGCACUAAAUUGGAGUCACAAAUCAAAUUGGGUCCCGAUUCCAAACAAGUAGUUGACAUUCCAAAUUUCCAGCAAACACAGAAUGUGAUAUUGGCGAAUAUUUUGUAUUACUAUAAAGACUCCGUGCGUCGCAUGUUAGCCGACUUGAACGUGCAAUUUUCGAAAUCAAAAUCCUCGGCACAGCAAGAAAUAUUGAAAUCUUUGGAACAAACAAAUAUAUUAAUUGGCACCAUAUUACAGCAGAUUAUGGAUUCAAUUUUGUCAACUAUUAGUAUUAUACUGCUUAGCAUGCAUCGUGAACCAGGACUUAGUUCCGAAAAAAUAUCUACUGUCGGCCCUUCAAUGUACAUGAAGGAGUUGCAGGAAUUUAUUAGCCGCGUCUGGCAGAAUCAUAUUGGCCCCUUCGAAGAUAAAGAGAUGGUGGCGAAGUGUGGUUAUGAAUUGUCUAAACGUUGCAUAGAGUUAUUUGUGCACAAUAUGAGCAUUUUGCGUCCAAUCAGCGAUGCCGGGCGCCACCGUCUAAAUAAUGACUGCAACCAUAUGGAACAAGCACUUAAGCCGAUUUGCUCCAAUUUGCCAGAUUUGGGAAAUUCUGCUCGCUUACUACGUGCAAUGUCGUUCUUAAUUGUACAACCUCCACAAGAAUUGGUGAAGCAAAGUGUUGGUAAUGAUUCACUGGUGCCCAGCUAUAUUGUGUUGUUUCUAUUGUUCGGUCAUGCCAGUGCCGAACUUCAGAGUCCGCAUACCACCGCGAAUUGGUCGAAUGAACGUUUGAUGGAAUGGUUAGAUGGGCAUACAUCGGACCGUGAAAAGUUAGAAUUAAUAUCAGGUGCAUUGCAACGUUACCGUGAUCAAGUUCGAAGGAAAAAGAGUGAACAGUAUGAUGAUGUGUAUCCACUAAUGGUUGAAUUUUUUGAAAAGGCUUUAAAAUCAUAAUAUAAUUGAGUGGUAAGGCUGCUCAAUUUCGUAAUAUUAUUUAAUUCGUUUAAUUGUAAUUGUUACAUUAAUUUAAUUAUAUGCUGUAUGAAAAACAUAACCAAAAAUAAGAAGAAACUUUGUUUGCAUUGAAGCUUAAUGCCUUUCGCAGGGGCAUUUAUAAAAA